AACUGGUGACCCCGGGGCUAAAUCCAGCCCGGAAUUGACACCCUAGCGGCUCCUGAGUUCAGUGCAAAACUUUGGAAACAACCAUUUUUGAUGUAAAAACCCUUUGGUGCUCCUUUUGUAAAGAGAAGUGCAAGCCAGUGUAAACACAUUGGCAAAUCCCUACCUUGUUAUUUUAACCUUGCUAGAAAACAACACUGGGGUCCAAACCUCUGAUUUACAACUGAGGCGUUCCUGAAGGCACCCCUUUAAGUCUUCUCAUUUUGGCAGAUAUAAUUUUUUUCAGAAUAUGGUUUUUGUAACUAAGUGUUGCUGUUGCUUGUUUACUGCAGAUACAGGCAGUAGUCAUUUGUUCAAAUUAUUUAGUUGUGCAUACACCGCUGGCAAAAAAAAAAUGAAAUCACCAGACUUGGAGUAGGUUUAUUCAGUUCUUUAAUUUUGUGGGGGAAAAAAGCAGCCAACAGACAGGGCACACACCUAUAGUCAUUUCAAAUGGAAAAAAACACUAAAAUAAUAAAAAAUAAAUCCAAAUAUAAAUUGAGGUAGGAACACAUCCAUUCUUGGAUCAAGCAGAGUAACACAAAUAUGGAAUCACUCAAAUCUGAGGAAGCAAUUAUGGAAUCACCCUGUAAAUGUUCAUUUCCAAAGAUAAUGCAUGCGUCAGUUUAAAUCUGCAGUUAAAAAAUCAGUUCAACCCUUGUAGAGCUAUUGCACUAGGUGGAUUGACAUGAAUAAUCGCUCCAACACGAAAGACUUCAAUUGAGACAAAGGAGACGAUAAUCAAACUUUUUAAGAAGGUAAAACACGCAAUGAUGCGUAGGAUUUUGAUUGUUCACAGUCAGCUGUGUCUGAAGUCUGGACAAAGUGCAAACGACAAAGGAAUGUUGUAAAAGAUAAGCAUACUGGUAGACCAAGGAAAACAUCUAUGUGUCAAGACAGAAAAUUUAGAGCAAUAUGUCCUAAAAGCAACAAAAUGCACAGCUAAACCAAUGAAGAACAAAUAGGCUGAACUGGAGUUACAUUCUGUGACCCAACUGUAAGAAAAGUUCCAAUGGGCUAAGAAAAAGUAAUCGGGGACUAAAAUGAUUGGAUACAAGUAAUUCAGUGAGGAACCCCAAAUCUACACUUGACAAGGUGUUGAUGCUGGAAUUUUUGUUGAUGUUCCAUUAAAUAUUAUAAAGAUGACUGCCUGAAGAAAACAAGCACAUUUUCAGUAAUUGAUGAUAUGGGGCUGCAUAUCAGGUAAUGGCACUGGGGAGAUGGCUAUCAUAAAAUAUUUAAUAAAUGUUUACAUUUACUUUUUGGACAUUUUUCUUAUUCUAUCAACCGAAAAGAUGAUGGGGGAUGAUGGCAUACUUUUUUCCAAGUUGAUAAUGCGUCUUGCCAUAGAGCAAAAACUGUAAUAACUUUUUCCUUGAAGAAAGACGCAUAAGGUCAAUGUCAUGGCCUGCAAAUAGUCCGGAUCUCAUUCCAAUUGAAAAUUUAAGAAAAUGGUCCAUGACCAGAUCCCAACCUGCAAAGCUGAUCUGACAACAGCAAUCAGAUAAAGUUGGAACAAUCUUAUUAGGAGUACUGUUUAUCACUCGUUAAUAAGUCCAUGCCUCAGGGACUCUUAAGCUGUUAUAGAAGCCAGAGUUGGUGCAACAACAUACUAGUAGUCUUUUGUAGUGUUUUUUUUUUUUUUUUGCUUGUUUUUCAUGUUUCCAUAAUUGUUUUUUGUCAGAUUUGAGUUUAUAUUCAAGUCACUAAAUAUAAAUGGUGGAUUUGCACCUGGGGAAAGGUUGAGUGGCAACACUAAAUUGGCCCUAGUGCGUGAAUGUGAGUGUGAAUGUUAUCUGUCUAUCUGUGUUGGCCCUGUUAUGAAGGGCCGACUUCUCCAGGGUGUACCCCGCCUUCUCCCCGAAUGCAGCUGAGAUAAGCUCCAGCACCCUCGGGACCCUGAACUUGAAAAGCGGUAGGAAAUGUAUGGAUGGAUGGAUUUUUGUUGUUGUCUUUUAGCAUAUUUCUUGAAGCCAGAAAGUUGCCAAUUGAAAUAACUAUAAUUUUGUGUCAUGUCUGUUGUGUUUUUAUACUCUACAAAUUUAAACACCUGAAUCAACAUCCUCCCAGUCUGGUGAAUCUGUUAUUUUUGGCAGGGGAGGGGUUGUAGUAAUCAUUUGGUCAUCAUUCGGGCUGUUCAACCAGUGGUCUAAGUUUAGUUAAAAAUUUUUUAGAUAAGGACUACACACUUUUCUUUUGUAAAGCAGUUCUGUACAGCAGAUAUGGGCAUCUACAUGAACGAAAUGAUUUUCCUAAGUGGCUACACAGGACAAGAAGAAAACUGAGAAACUCAUUUUUGCAGCAGAUUCCCUAAAAACACAAGAGUGCUGCCAUAAUGAUGAUUUUUGACUAUCAUUUUGCAGAAGGUCCUUAAAAACUGCAAAGUGCUCAUGUAACUGACAAAAUAAAUAUAUUACAAUCAAAUGUCUACUGUAGAGGACACUGGUACUCCAGAAUAUACAAAAAAAUGACUAAUAGUGAAGGGAGAAGUACGGCCUCCCGGUCCUUUGCAUUUGAUGUAUCGUGUAAUUUUUCCUAGUCAUUUUGACUCAGCAUCAAGAGAAUGGGAACAACUUUGUAUCUUCAAGGCCUUGUCUACUUGGGAUAAUCCACACUCUAUUCCUGGCUUCAGACCAGCUGGGAGUGUGGAUCUAAUCCAGAUCUGUUUUAUUAGAUCAGCUCUAAAAGUGAAACCCUGAAGUAGGAUGUGGAUCAAAGCUAAACUGGAAUGUAUGUGAAUUGCUCCAGACUACCCUUGUGCUGAAAACAUAACACGACAAAAAAAUGAUGUAAUCAUCACCAAAGAAACCUCCAAACAUAUCCAAAUUCAUCAUUCAAAAUAGAGACAUCUUAAUAUUUGCAUGCAUAGACGCUUUGAACAAAUGUGAUUUUUAAUGUCUGCCUGGGCUACCAGCUCACCCUGACUCUUACCACCCAUCAACCUCUCAUUAGAUGUCAACUGACCAAACAGGAUUAAAGUCAAAGCCUCUUUCUCUCGUUCCACCUGACUCAGCGUCAGUUUGUUGGUUUUCUGAACAAAUGAAGCUCGAAGACCAAGAGUGACAAUGAUCCUGCCCAGGUGGUUUCUGGGGGUGUGUUUGUGGCUGCUAAGCUUUGCAGGGGUUUGGACUGCUACCUUCAAGUUGGCUGUGAUUGGUCCCUGGUCCUGUGAUCCGAUGUUCUCCAUGGCGAUGCCAAGUGCAGCAGCCAACUUGGCACUGGCAAGGUUACGGAGUGACAGCAGUCUGAGCAGAGGUUAUUGGUAUGAUGUCAAACUACUGGAUGAGGACUGUUCCACUUCCAAAGCUUUAGCAGAACUUGGAGACAUGGAAGGUUAUGGUCACAUCUACAUUGGACCCUUUAAUCCCUCGCUUUGUCAUGCUGCCUCUUUAUUGGCUCAACACUGGGAGGUGGGGCUUGCCUCGCCCGGCUGCCUGGAUGCCGACUGGCCAAACCUCUCGCCUAUCACGCCACCAAGCAGAGUCCUGUUCAGUGUUCUCAGGUUCUUUCACUGGGCACAUGUAGGCGUCAUCUCAGCCCCGGCCGACAUUUGGAGGAGCACCGGACAAGAAGUGGCCUCUGCACUCAGAGCUCUUGGCUUACCUGUUGGUCCGGUUCUUACCAUGGAAACCAAGAACCAAGACGGACCACAGCAAGCACUCGAGGCAAUCAGACAGGCAGACAAGGUCAAAGUGGUGAUAUUGUGCAUGAGCUCUGUUCUUAUUGGCGGGGAGGAUCAGAAAAAGCUCCUUUUGGCAGCUCUGGACAUGGGGAUGGUAUCAGAUGGUUACAUCUUUAUUCCAUACGACGCCCUGCUCUAUGCUCUGCCCUACCAGGACACAGUGUUUCCCCAGCUGACCAAUAGCACCCAACUUCGCUAUGCCUACAGCUCCGUUAUGACCGUCACCAUGGCGUCUGAUCAGAAUUUCUAUCAAGCUUUUCGUCGCGCUCAAAUGAACCGAGAGAUCCGAUCUGUGGUGGCAGCGACACAGGUGUCUCCGCUAUUUGGGACCAUCUUUAACAUGGUUUACUACGUUGCCAAAGCUGUAGAGGAGCGCCGUGAGGCAGGCGGAGGAGGCUGGGUGACAGGCGAUCAAUUGGUCCAAUCAGAUGGAGGCUUUAGCUUCCAGGGAUUUAACCAGGUGUUGCAUGGCGGUAAAGAUGGCAGUGGUUUACAGGCCAGAUAUGUGGUGCUGGACUGUGAUGGUGAUCAACUGGUGCCAACACACACGCUCGCCCCAACGCACACUGCAGGCGGUUCUAUCAGCAGCCUGAAACCGCUGAGUCAUUCGUUCGUCUUCCCAGGAGGAAAACCCCAGAGUUCCAGUUCCUGUUGGUUCAAUCCUGAUGAGCCUUGCAGAGACACAGAUGGAGUGAUGGGCUUCUUUGCAUGCGUGCUGAUCUGCCUUCUGAUUGGAGCCUUAUUCUUUUGGAUCAGGAAAAACAGGACUGUGGUGAACAACACAAAACUCGUUCUGACGUUGGAUGACAUUGUCUUCAUCGACGCUCAAGUCAGCAAAAAGAAACUGAAUGACGAGUCAAUCAUGAGGAGUCUUCUUGAAAUCAAAACUCCAUUCCGCUCGAUCGCCAGAAGCUACAUACUGACCACACCCGAGAAUUCAAAUAUUGGGAUAAUAGAGGGUGACUGGGUUUGGCUUAAGAAGAUCCCAGGAGGAAAUACAACCGUCAGUCAAAACACGCAGAAGCUCUUCAGCAACUUAAGAGAAAUGCGACAUGAGAAUUUGAACCUUUACUUGGGAUUGUUUGUGGACUCGGGAAUCUUUGCUCUGGUGGUUGAGCACUGUCCUCGGGGCAGCCUGGCAGACCUUCUAUCUGAUAGCGAAAUGCGGUUGGACUGGAUGUUCAAGUCGUCCCUACUGAUGGACCUCAUCAAGGGGAUGAAGCAUCUCCAUUUACGAGGUUUAAGUCAUGGGCGACUGAAGUCCACAAACUGUCUGGUUGAUGGACGUUUUGUUCUGAAGAUCUCUGAUUACGGACUACACAUGAUCCUUCAUUCAGAGGGACUUAACAUUGUUGAGGACCCACAAGAGCUGCUGUGGACGUCUCCAGAGCUUUUGAGGUGUCCAGUCAGAGGAGGCUCUAUGGCUGGAGACGUGUUUAGUUUCUCCAUCAUUAUACAGGAAGUUAUAUCACGGACGCCACCCUAUGCCAUGAUGGACAUGCCGGCUGCUGAGAUCCUGGAGAGGUUGAAGGAGCCGCCCCCUCUUUGCCGGCCAAUCAUUCCGGUAGAUGAAGCUCCAGCCGACUGUCUCAGUCUGAUGAACGAAUGUUGGAAUGAAGAUCCCGCCAAGAGGCCGUGCUUCCAUGAAAUCUUCAAACAGUUUCGAGGCAUCAACAGAGGGAGGAAAGCAAACAUUAUUGAUUCCAUGCUGCGAAUGUUGGAGCAAUAUAGUUCAAACCUGGAAGAUCUGAUCCGCGAAAGAACUGAUGAGCUAGAGGUGGAGAGAAGCAAGACGGAGAAGCUCAUAGGACAGCUGUUGCCAAAGUCAGUGGCUCAGGCUCUGAAGAAAGGGAAGCCAGUUCGACCAGAACAUUACUCGGAUUGUACUCUUUACUUCAGCGACAUUGUUGGAUUCACAACCAUCUCAGCUCUAAGUGAACCCAUUGAGGUAGUGGACCUGCUGAAUGACCUCUAUACCAUGUUUGAUGCCAUCAUUGCUUCUCAUGACGUCUACAAGGUUGAAACGAUUGGCGAUGCUUACAUGGUGGCUUCCGGUAUUCCCAACAGGAACGGAAAUCGACACGCAGCUGAAGUGUCUAACAUGUCGCUCGAUAUCCUGCACUCCAUUGCAGCGUUCAAGAUCAAACACAUGCCGGAAAUUAAAGUGAAGAUACGAAUUGGACUUCACUCUGGUCCAGUUGUGGCAGGUGUGGUGGGUCUCACAAUGCCCAGGUACUGUCUGUUUGGAGACACUGUGACUACAGCUUCUCAUAUGGAAGCCAGCGGACUUCCCUACAGAAUCCACAUCAGUCUGAGUACGAUGAAGGUCCUGACAAGUCUCAAACUGGGUUACCACAUAGAGACCAGAAAAGCUACGGUGAAAGGUUCAGAGGACACCUACUGGCUGAUGGGACGAGACGACUUCAAUAAAGUUCUCCCUGUCCCUCCAGACCUCAAGGGCGGGGCCAGUAACCAUGGUAUCAGCCUUGAUGAAAUCCCAGUUGAAAGAAGGCAGAAGUUUCUGGACCGACAGCAGAAGACAAAGAAAUAGAUGUUGCCAAUGGACACCCACACAAGCACACUACCUCCAAGUUUAUGAUGUGAACAUUAAAACAAAAAUAAUCCAUGUAAA